GGAAUUUUGAGAUUUGAGACUUUUUAUUAAUGGCGCUGCCGUAACGAGGUGUGGACGUGUGUCGUAGGAGUGCUUGGGCGAAGUCGUGAAUUAGGAUUUUGCGAAAAAGUUGCGCGGGUUUUGUUUUGUUUGCCGUGGUCACAAGAUUAUUUUUACUCGGUCUGGAACCGUGUUGCGGUGUUGAGAUAUAUCGGCCGGGGAAUUGAGCCACCUGGAGUGAAGGCUUGGUGAGAUCGCAGGUCGUUCAACGCCGGGGUAAGAAUUUUUCGCCGACGAAAAUUGAGACAAAGUGCCUGAUCAAUGUGAAAAAAUCGGUGCUCGGCUCUGGUUUUGAAGUGGUUUUUGGUGCGCGGUGACGUUACGUGUUGCGGUCUGAAGGGAAAAGUGUGAUUUGGAGGCGCGUCCGAAAUAAGAUACGAAGUGAACUGACAACUUGCCAAUCCGGAAUUUGUGGUCUUCUUGUGGUUUUCGGAAAAAAUAAAGGGCCCAAAUUCGGCGAUGUCCGAGGCAGGGUCACCAGCGAGGAAUCAUCAGAGCCGUCGCCAACUGCGAGAAAGAAAACAACGAAAACUAUAUUCAGAUGAAUGGGCUUUAGGAGAAGAUGAUGUGGAAGGAGUUCGAGGUUUCAGUGUAGCUGAAAAGUUAGAAUCACCAAAAUUCGCACAAACCGGCAUGGUUCGUGAAAUGAAAGGUUUCGAUUUAUCGAUAGGGUUCUUCCAACAGUAUGGCUUUAACAUUCCUCUACUUUUCCGUGAAAAGACUGGACUUGGACUCCGUGUGCCAUCAACGGAUUUCACAAUAAAUGACGUUCGAAUGUGUGUUGGAUCGCGGCGAACAUUAGAUGUAAUGGAUGUAAAUACUCAGAAAAAUAUUCAAAUGACAAUGAAAGAAUGGCAGCAAUAUUAUGAAGAUCCGCAUAAAAAUCGCUUACUAAAUGUCAUAUCUUUAGAAUUCUCACAUACAAAACUUGAUAAUUACAUACAAAGCCCAACAGUAGUAAGACAGAUGGAUUGGGUUGAUGUCGUGUGGCCAAAGCAGUUAAAAGAUUCACAAGUGGAAGGAACCAACGUUAUAGAAGAGAUGAUGUAUCCAAAGGUGCAAAAAUAUUGCUUGAUGUCAGUUAAAAACUGUUACACAGACUUUCAUGUGGAUUUUGGUGGAACGUCUGUUUGGUACCAUAUCCUUAAAGGUAGUAAAGUGUUUUGGCUGAUCCCACCAACCGAGAAGAAUCUACAACUAUAUGAAAAGUGGGUUUUGUCUGGGAAACAGUCAGAUGUAUUUUUCGGUGACACUGUGGAAAAGUGCGCCCGAGUAUACCUAACGGCUGGCAAUACAUUCUUCAUUCCGACAGGCUGGAUACAUGCCGUCUAUACUCCAACUGAUACUCUUGUGUUUGGUGGAAAUUUCCUACAUUCCUUUGGAAUUGUUAAGCAGUUGAAAAUUGCUCAAGUCGAAGAUAUAACUAAAGUGCCACAGAAAUUUCGUUACCCUUUUUUUACCGAAAUGCUUUGGUAUGUUUUGGCGAAAUACGUUUAUACCCUAUUAGGCCGGUCACACCUGGAAGGAGAGCCAUCGAUAGAGGAGGCUGUUGCAUGUAUGCCACAUGUACAUUUAACACAUCACGAACUGUUCGGUUUGAAGGAAAUUGUCAUGUAUUUAUAUGAUCUUCCUCCACAUAAGAAGAACGUUCCAGAACUGAUCAAGGAUCCUGUUGCAUUGAUCAAAGAUGUCAGAACCCUAGUGGAACGGCAUUGUAAAGACAAACCCGAGUUAGCCAUAACUGGCGAGCCCGUUCUUAAGCCAGAAACAUCCAGGUCGCCAUCUAUUCAGAUUUAUGACAGUAAUGUUUUUAAUGAUGUGAAUCACAUGCAUAAAGACGAAAACGUUUACAAUGUUCACAAUACUGAGAAUAUUAUCAAACAUGAAAUGAAUUCACCAAACGAAGGAAAUUGCAGUAGUGGGCGAGCAACAACAGAUGACGGAAAUUUCGUUUCACCAACAAUGACAGCCAGACCGGUUUCUAGAGGACCACAUAAAAAGCAAGGCAACACUUCCGAUGGCGGAUCUUCGGAUGUAGCGGUUAAAAGCUCCAGCAGUCAAAACGGAACAAAUGCUGGCCAACCACGUCGAAGAAGAACACGUUGCAAAGUUUGUAAUGCAUGUCAACGCUCUGAUUGCGGCGAAUGUAGUUUUUGUCUUGAUAUGGUGAAAUUUGGUGGUCCCGGCCGAGCGAAACAGACUUGCAUGAUGCGACAAUGUUUAUCACCGAUGUUACCAGUAACUGCACAAUGUGUUUACUGUCACCUGGAUGGUUGGCGACAAACUCCAGUUUCGCCGCAAGCUAAGUUACAAGCAUCAUUGGAAGGACCUUCUUCACUAAUGGAAUGUUCAGUUUGCUAUGAAAUUGCGCAUCCUGACUGUGCUCAAGCUAAUUCUCAGAAUACUAAAGGUAUCGCUAAUGAAGAUUUGCCUAAUAGUUGGGAAUGCCCGUCGUGCUGCAAAUCUGGGAAAAAUAAUGAUUACAAGCCCCGGCAUUUCCGUGCUAGGCAAAAAUCAUCUGAAAUUCGUCGCAUGUCGGUGAGCAGUGAUGCAUCUUCAGUCAUUGAAAGUAAACAGCACAUUGAUGGUCAUCAUGAUUAUGGAAUGUCGAGUGAAUCAGAUCUAGAAACUCCAUCGAAACGUGAAAUGAAAAAAGAAAUGAAAAUGGAAGAUCUCAAGUUGGAGCGUAUGGGGAGUAACAGCAACGAUGAUAAUAAAGACAUGGAGCACCGUUUAGACGUCAGCGUUAUAAAACGACGUAAAAGCGACGACGGGAGCAUGUGCAGCAGUAUGCAUGAUAGCAUGGAUGUCAUGGAAUCGAAUUCAGCUCUGCCACGAAAAAAGAAUACAAUACGAACACAACUUGCACACCAAAUCAUCAGCACAUCAACGAAAAUUUUAAAGAAGCCUCAGUAUGUCGUCCGACCAGCCUCAUUGAGCUCUAUGUCACAAUCGUCUAAUAGUAAUCUUACAUUGGAUCCGACAUGUCUUAAAGCCAUUUUCAGAUAUUUGCCACCUGAAACGUUGGUUGUGUGUUCACUUGUAUGUAAAGCCUGGUCUACAGCGUCUGUGGAUCCCUCUCUAUGGAAAUGCAUGAAUUGUGCCGAACACAAGCUCUCUGCAGCUCUUCUAACGGCGAUAGUACGACGACAACCAGAACAUCUAAUACUAGACUGGACACAGAUAGCAAAACGUCAACUAGCAUGGAUUAUAUCUCGCAUACCAGGUUUGAAAAACCUAAGCUUGCAGAACACUCCAAUUCAAGCUAUUUUAGGUCUACAUACUUGCCUGUGUCCGCCAUUACAAACUCUCGACUUGAGUUUUGUACGAGGUUUGAAUGAUUCUGCCAUACGUGAAAUUCUUCUUCCGCCAAAAGAUUCAAGACCGGGUUUAUCUGAUUCUAAGUCACGUUUAAGAAAUUUGAAAACUUUAAAGGUGGCUGGAACGGAUAUUUCGGAUGUUGCGUUACGUUACAUCACACAAGGACUACCGUCUUUAAUACAUUUGGAUCUUUCAUCGUGUCAGCGAAUUACUGAUGCUGGAGUUGCUCAGAUUGGCACGUGCCCCAGUGCAAUAAACACUCUGGUAGAGUUGAAUUUGAGUAGUUGUCGACUUGUAACUGAACUAUCGUUAGACUAUUUGAGAAAAUGUGAGGAGUUAACGUGGUUAGAUCUACGCCAUUGCCCGCAAGUAUCAACCCAAGCUGUGAUCAAGUUCGCUUCUAAUUCAAAGCACAAUCUUCAAGUUAAGGACGUUAAAUUAGUUGAUAGAAGGAAAGUUACUUAGAUAUAAGAACUCUUUCGAACCAAUACAAUCAUCUAACAAUUCAAAGUCUUUGGUUUUAUCUACUUUGGUUGUAUGCGUUUUAAAUGAACAAAUAUAUGUAGAGCUUUCACUUAAUUUUAGAUUGAAAACGAUUUUAAUCAUUUCGAGUCAAAAAUUAGAAGCUUUUAUAGCGGGGCUCUUAGCAUCGAUAAUUCUUGUUUUAUUCUUCAGGUAAAUUUUGACUGAAAAACAAAUUAACAGAUGGAGCGUCGCUACAAAAUUUUAUCUUGUCUGAUUUUUUAUGAUGUACGAGAUUUUUCAAAAAUUGCAUUGGACUUUGAUCAAUGAGUGAAUGAGUACGAAGAAUAAAUAAUACAAUAAUGUUAAAAUACAUACAUUUAUAGUGGUACAAUAAAUUUUCCAUUUCUAAUUGGUAAACCCUUUCGAGUUUAUUUAAAUGUACAAAGAGAUUUUGACAUGUAUAUACUAUAUAUUAAUUGUACCGAUGCAAUGUAUUUAGUAAAUACCAAAGAUACUUUUAUGAAUUCGUUGAAUUUUUUCAACUUAAAAAUCUUAUAGAGUGUAAUGCGAGUAAGUUCAACUGUAGUCAUAAUGUAAAUAAAAAAUGCAUAUUGAAUUUAAAAUAAUAUACAAAAA